UGAAGCUAUUGGAUUGGUGGAUUAAAAUAGUCAAGUCUUAACCAUGAAAUCUCAUCAAUCUUCCAUUUCUAGUGGACACUUGACAUUAAUUGAAAUAAAAUAUUAGACACUCUUUCUUAUUGCGGCCAUUAAAGCGGUUGUUGACUAUAUAGUAUUUCAGGACAGACUUUUUUUGUGAGUAGAUGAAUUGUCUUUUCAUUUGAUUUAUUCAAAAACCUUUGAAAAUGUAAUCUAUAUGCAGACGGGUAGAUAGUUGUCUAUUGCUUUUGAGAAAGAGAGAGAUGGGGAAUGAUGGAUACCUCCCUUUGUUUGAGACAAAGAGAGCAAAAGGAAGGGCCCUUUACAGGGUCUUUGCAGGGUCUAUGUUUGUUGGUAUAUGUUUGAUUUGGGGUUUCAGAGUGAGUCAUGUUCCAAGAGAAGGAGAAGAUGGAAGAUUGGUUUGGAUUGGUUUGCUUGCAGCUGAGCUUUGGUUUGGUUUUUACUGGAUCCUCACUCAAGCACACCGGUGGAACCUUGUCUCUAGGCACACCUUCAAAGACAGGCUCUCCGACAGAUAUGAAAAUGAGUUACCAGGAGUGGACAUCUUUGUAUGCACAGCAGAUCCUGUGAUUGAGCCACCAUUGAUGGUUAUCAACACAGUUUUAUCAGUUAUGGCCUAUGACUACCCACCGGAGAAGCUUAGUGUGUAUCUCUCCGAUGAUGCCGGUUCACAUCUGACCUUCUUUGCUCUAUUGGAGGCGUCUCAGUUUGCUAAAUAUUGGAUACCAUUCUGCAGAAAAUUCAAUGUAGAGCCAAGAUCACCAGCAGCUUUCUUUGACUCAAUUUCUAAUUCACAUGACUCCAAACAGGAUAAAGAAUUAGCAAUCAUAAAGAAAUUAUAUGAAGACAUGAAGAACCAAAUUGAAAAUGCAACCAAGCUAGGCUGUCUCCCUGAAGAAGUGCACUUGAGACAUAAAGGCUUUUCUCAAUGGGAUUCAUAUUCUUCUAGACAUGAUCAUGACACCAUUCUUCAAAUAUUGAUUGAUGGGAAAGACCUGGAUGCCAGGGAUAGUGAAGGAUGCGUGUUACCAACUUUGGUGUACCUGGCUAGGGAGAAGAGACCCCAAUGUCCACAUCACUUCAAAGCUGGUGCCAUGAAUGCGCUGAUAAGGGUAUCAUCAGGAAUUAGCAAUGGCCAGAUUAUUCUUAAUGUGGACUGUGAUAUGUACUCAAAUAAUUCACUUGCUGUGAGGGAUGCUCUUUGCUUCUUCAUGGAUGAGAAAAAGGGCCAUGAGAUUGCUUAUGUACAGUUUCCACAAAAUUUCGCAAAUAUUACCAAGAAUGAACUAUAUAGUAGUUCAUUAAGAGUACUGAGCGAGGUGGAAUUCCAUGGUUUGGAUGGCUAUGGAGGCCCCCUUUAUGUUGGAACUGGCUGCUUUCACAGAAGAGAUACACUUUGUGGAAGAAAGUUUAGGAGGGAAAUUGACAACAAAUUCAGUGUAGCAAAAGAAAGAAAAAGAGAAGAAACUGCACAAGCAUUGGAAGAGAAAUCAAAGGCCCUUGCCAAUUGUACUUAUGAAGAGAAAACUGAGUGGGGAAAGGAGAUGGGACUGAAAUAUGGGUGUCCAGUUGAAGAUGUGAUCACAGGUUUAUCAAUCCAAUGCCAGGGAUGGAAAUCAGUGUAUUUCAAUCCGGAAAGGAAGGCUUUUCUAGGUGUUGCACCAACCACACUUGCUCAGACACUGGUGCAACACAAGAGAUGGUCUGAAGGUGACUUUCAGAUCUUACUUUCCAAAUACAGUCCAGCUUGGUAUGCCAAUGGAAAGAUCAGCUUAGGCCUUCAGUUAGGAUAUUGCUGCUACUGCUUCUGGGCUUCUAACUCCUUGGCAGUGUUAUACUACUCUAUUGUUCCUUCCCUUUAUCUUCUAAAAGGCAUUUCCUUGUUCCCCAAGUGUUCAAGUCCAUGGUUUCUUCCAUUUGCAUAUGUUGCAAUUUCCAAGUAUGGUUGUAGCCUAGCUGAGUUUCUAUGGAGUGGUGGCACAGUCCUUGGUUGGUGGAAUGAUCAAAGGAUAUGGCUUUACAAAAGGACAAGCUCCUACCUCUUGGCCUUCAUUGACACCAUUGCAAAAUCAUUAGGACUAAAUUCGGAUUCAGCAUUUGUAAUCACAGCCAAAGUUUCUGAUCAGGAAGUCUAUAGCCGAUAUGUCAAAGAGAUAAUGGAGUUCGGAGCCUCCUCUCCAAUGUUCACUACACUGGCGACAAUUGCAUUGAUAAAUUUAGUUUGCUUGGCUGGAUCGAUGAAGAGAGUAGUCAUGAAUGAAAGUAUUGGUAGAACUUAUUAUGAGACAAUGCUUUUGCAGGUUAUUCUAUGUGCCAUUCUGGUUCUCAUCAACUUGCCUUUGUAUCAAGGACUUUUCUUUAGGAAGGACAAUGGCAGGAUGCCAAACUCCAUAGCAAUCAAAUCAAUUAUGAAAAUUGGAUCACUUGAAUUUGUUGCUGUCAUAUUGCUAGCAUUCUUGUGUAGUCCAAAUGCAGUGUUUGGGAUUAGAUUCGUGAUCGAUAGAGAAGAAUGCUUCUCUCAUAAUGUUAAGUAUGAUGGGGAUACGGUUCAUGUGUCAUUUGUUGUCAUUAAGGCCGAUUCGACUUGGCAUUCUAGUCAUGAGGGUGUUGAUCUUGUGGUGAAAGGACCUUCUGGCGAUCAGAUUCAAGAUUAUCGUGACAAGAUAAGUGAGAAAUUUGAGUUUGUUGCUCGUCAAAAAGGAGUCCAUCGUUUCUGCUUCAGUAACAAAUCACCUUAUUUUGAAACAGUUGAUUUUGAUGUUCAUGAAAGUCAUUUUACAUACUAUGAUCAGCAUGCAAAAGACGAGCAUUUCAACCCUCUGUUAGAACAAAUAUCUAAGUUAGAGGAAGCUCUUUAUAACAUUCAGUUCGAACAGCACUGGUUAGAGGCACAGACAGAACGUCAGGCAAUAGUAAAUGAAGCUAUGAGCAAAAGAGCAGUUCACAAGGCCUUUUACGAAUCCGCAGCACUGAUUGGAGCCAGUGUUUUGCAAGUUUACCUACUCCGACGCCUUUUUGAACGGAAGCUUGGGAUGUCCCGGGUUUAGUUUUAGCACUGCGAUACAUUACUUUAUUAGCUAUAGGAUCAUGGAGAGUAUUGUCAUCUCAGGCACUUGCUAUACAUGUACAAAAUCCCCAAAUUCAGUGAGUUUAUUGUUAUGAGUGAGCCUUUAGAUUUGCCAUGGUUGAGAUUUAGAUCAAUAAUGCAUGAUUGGUUUAAGUUAUUUCUGCUUAAAUUGUUUGUGGUUUCAUAGAUGAGUGAUGUUCAUCAGCCUUAAUCUGCAAACAAACUUUUUGGCUGGAAUUGUUAUUAUGCAAAGGCACAUUUUCAACA